AUGGAAGAGCUUUUCCAGGGCCACAAAGCCGGAGACCUGUCUGUCUACCCAAGGGGGACCUUCUGUCUCCCUGAGAUGAUGGUUCUUGGGGAAGGCAUGUCCCUGCCUACCUGCAGGAAGUGUACUCAGAUGCCUCCUCUGUCUGCCUGUGGGUACACUGGUUUCCUGGAGGAGACUGGUCUUUCCUCCAAGGUGGGUCAGCACCAGGUCUCACAUGGGAAAGCCCAUGCUGCAGUCCUGGGUGCCUCUGCAGACGGCCACCCUGCUCCCGGAAAAAAAAAAAAUCAGUAUGGACAAGACUUUCAUGACUUUCCUGGACCAAAGAUAGAAAAAUCUGGACAGGAGGUCUUUGCUGAAGCCAGCCUGGACAAUGGCAGGAGCAUCUUUUCUAAUGACAUCACCAUGAAGAGCACCACCUGUGCCCCUGAGCUGCCCCUCUCUGCUCCCUCGCUGAUCCCUGAAGUAAGUCCCCUCUUGCUGCUGAUGGGGAGGCUGUCAGGCAUGCAGGCCGGAGGCUACCCAGGCCCUUCAAGACCAUUGUCCAGCAGGCGUAGUGCACGUUACUACCUCUCUCCUACAGGGUGCCAGUCCACCACAGACCACGCAUCCGUCACACGCCACCCAUCCAUCAAAGAACAUGCAUCCGCCACAGACUACCUGUUCACCACAGGACACUCAUUCAUCAGAGACCACCCAUUUACUACAGAGCACCCAUCCACCACAGAGCACCCAUACACCACAGGUCACCCAGUCACCACAGAGCACCCAUCCACCAUAGAACAUCCAUCCAUCACAGAACAUCCAUUCAUCACAGGCCACCCAUCCAUCACAGAACAUGUAUCCACUACAGACUACCUGUUCACCACAGGACAUGCAUUCAUCACAGACCACCCAUUCCCCACAGGCCACGCAUUCACCACAGGGCCCCCAUCCAUCACAGGCCACACAUUCACCACAGGGCCCCCAUCCAUCACAGGCCACCCAUUCACCACAGGGCCCCCAUCCAUCACAGGCCACCCAUUCACCACAGAGCCCCCAUCCAUCACAGGCCACCCAUUCACCACAGAGCCCCCAUCCAUCACAGGCCACCCAUUCACCACAGAGCACCCAUCCAUCACAGGCCAUCCAUUCAUCACAGGCCACUCAUCCACCACAGAGCACCCAUUCAUAACAGUCCUCCCAUUCACCACAGAAUACCCAUCCAUCACAGAGCACUCAUCCACCGCAAACCAGCCAUCCAUCACAUACCACCCAUCCACUACAGAGCACCCAUCCAUCAUAGACCACUCAUCCUCAGACCACCCAUCCGCCACAAACCACCCAUCCAUCACACACCACCCGUCCACCACAGACCACCCAUCCACCGCAAAGUAUCCGUUAAUCACACUCCACCCAUCCAUCACAGAGAACCCAUCCAUCACAGACCAUUUGUCCAUCACAGACCACUUGUUCAUCACAGAGCACCCGUCUGCCGCAGAGCACUGGUCCAUCAUAGGACACUGGUUCAUCACAGAAGGCAAGUCAACCACAGAGCUGGACGAGCAACCCACUAAUCAUCCAGCUCCUGCCGGCCCUGCUCCUGACCCUGCUGCUGCCUUGUGGUUUCUGGCAAUUGUGUGGCAGGAGAAUAAAUGCUCCCUGCCCGCCCAGCCCUGGGGCCCAGACACAGGCCCAUCCUCCAAGAGACUUCAACAUGUGACUGCCAUAUGA